AUGUCUGUCCCCAAGCGAAUUUCAAAAAUAGAAAACACUUUAUACAGCCAAUAUGAAGAGAAAAUCCGUCCUUGUAUUGACCUCAUUGAUUCCCUGAGAGCUCUUGGAGUGGAAAAGGACCUGGCGUUGCCCGCAAUUGCUGUGAUUGGAGAUCAGAGUUCUGGGAAAAGCUCAGUUCUUGAAGCGUUGUCCGGAGUCGCUCUUCCAAGGGGCAGUGGUAUUGUCACCAGAUGUCCUCUUGCACUUAAACUGAAAAAAACACGCUAUGGCCAUGAAUGGAAAGGGAAAAUAAGCUACCGGAAUAUAAAUGAGGAACUCAACAAACCUUCAGAGGUGGAAAAAGAAAUAAGAAAAGCUCAAAUCCAUAUGGCUGGGGAAGGGGUGGGCAUCAGCCAAGAACUGAUUACCCUAGAAAUUAGUUCUCCAGAAGUUCCAGAUCUGACACUGAUUGAUUUACCAGGAAUUGCGAGGGUGGCUGUGGGUAAUCAGCCCCAAGAUAUUGGAGAACAGAUCAAACGGCUAAUUAAAAAAUUCAUUGCUAAGGAUGAGACAAUAAACUUAGUGGUGGUUCCAAGUAAUGUGGAUAUUGCCACAACAGAAGCACUGAAAAUGGCUCAGGAAGUGGACCCUUAUGGAGAAAGAACCCUUGGGAUCCUAACAAAGCCUGACCUAGUGGACAAAGGAACUGAGGAAGCUGUUGUGGAUAUAGUAAGAAACUUGACCAUCCCCCUGAAAAAGGGAUAUAUGAUUGUGAAAUGCCGUGGACAGCAAGAUAUCCAGGUCAACUUGAAUCUGGCCUCUGCAAUCCAGAAAGAGAAAGCAUUCUUUGAGGAUCAUGAAUACUUUAGAAUCCUUCUGGAUGAAAAAAGAGCCACAAUUCCCUUACUAGCUGAGAAACUUACAAGUGAACUUGUGGAACACAUUAAUAAAUCUUUGCCCACUUUAGAAGAGCAAAUAAACACACAGCUCCAAAAAGCAAAUCAAGAUUUGCUAAAAUAUGGAAAAGGCGUGCCAAAAACCGACAGCGAGAAGCUCAGCUUUUUAAUAGAUAAAAUCAAACUAUUUAACCAAGAUAUCACACAUGCAACUCAAGGAGAGGAAAAAUUGUCUCCAGAUGAUAGCAGACUUUUCACCAAAAUUCGUAAAGAAUUUCAGAAAUGGGAAGAAAAGCUUGAGGAGAGUGAAACAAAGAUUCAAAAAGUCAUCCAUCAUGAGGUAUGGAGAUUUGAACAUCAGUAUCGUGGCCGAGAGCUUCCUGGUUUUAUCAGUUACAAAACAUUUGAAACUCUAGUAAAACAGCAGAUUGUAGAACUAGAAGUACCAGCAAUUGAAAUGCUGAAAACAGUGACAGAAAUGGUGCGGCAAAAUUUUACAAAGGUUGCUAAAGAUAAUUUUGCAGAUUUUCAGCAUCUUUACAGAGCUGCUAAGGAUAGAAUUGAAGCUAUUAAAGAGAAACAGUCAGAGGAAGCUGAAUGUAUAGUGCGAACCCAGUUUGCAAUGGAACAGAUUUUAUUCUGCCAAGACAAAGUCUACUGUCAGGACUUAAAUUCAGUACAGGAACAAGCAGCUGCAGAAGGAACAAACACCUUAAAGAUCAGUCCUGCAGGCUUCCAUUUUGGAAGUCUUCCUAGUGAAAAGCACGCUUCAGUCAAAGAAAUGGCCUAUCAUUUGGAGGCAUAUUUCAAUAGUGCGGGGAAACGUCUCUCUUGUCAGAUUCCUCUGAUUAUCCUGUUCUAUAUCCUGAAGAAAAAUGGAGAUAAUCUACAAAAUGAAAUGUUGAAGCUAUUGCAGAUGAAGGAAGAAUUCAGCUGUUUGCUCCAAGAGCGCAAAGAUGCUGCUGAACAGAGACAGUUCCUACAUGAGCGAAUUGAUCGGCUGACUCAAGCACGGUACCACCUAGCAAAAUUUCCUGGUUAAAAAGAAGUUUUGCAUUAGAGCAUGCUAACUUUGAAACUCUUAUGUUAACUAGGCCACUAGAGACAGGUUAUAUCUCCAUUGUCCCAAACAUUUAUCUUAUAUCAGUUGCUGUAGCUGUGUUUGGGGUCUUUAGCCAUCAGGAUAUUCUGCUUGGUCAACCAGACAUAUAUUAACAGACCACAGUUUGUUCAUAAAUCCCAGUAAGUCUGCUUCUUGACCCUUUCCCAACUCCAAGCAGAAUCCAGAUACUAUCCUUGCACUGCCACUACUGACACAGCCUGCUUCUUGUUGGCUACAAUGAGGGGAAGAGGAAGAAGGGUCUGAGUGCAAGCCAAGCAUAUCUUUGCCCUUGCUCCCUCAUUAUUUUGUUGUUUCACCACAUUCCCUAACCUUGUUUCCUUUCAAGAAACAACAAAAGGACGUUUUCUUUACACCAUAUAUAAUGCUAUAUACAUGUACCAUGUCCCCCUUAGUUGUCUUUUUCUAAAUUGAAGAGUCCCCUGAGUUGUAUGAUACCCUUACUGUGAUGAUGUGACAAGAACAGUCCACAGAACUCCAUGUGCAGCUAUACCAUAGGUUUAUAUUUUUAAUCUCUCCUGAUUUUUAUGAGCACGAAAUUUGCUUUCACUGCUGACACACACCAAGUACAUGUUUUCAUUACUCCAAGAUUCCUUUCACGGUUAGUAAUUUCCAGACAGAUAUCAGUAUAUGAAGUUAUAUUUCCCCCCCAUAGUCCUCGUUUUUGCUUCCAUAGCUGAGUGGGGAAUUUGAAUCUGGAUCUCCCAGAUCUUAGUCCAACACUCUAACCACUGCACUGACUCUCCGCUUUCCCUCCUUCCCUUUCCUUGGGAGAAGUCUGGCCAAGUUGCAAAAGUCAUGUGAUAGCAAGUCACUCAGUUGAAUGGUGUGAUGUUCUCUGCUGGACCCAGCAAAGACAUGCUAUUUGUAUGGAGGUUGCUGCUGGGCUCAAAGUUAGUUGUGCAGCAUCAAGUCAUAGCCACUACCUGUGCAAAUUGCAUGGUAGCUUCUGGUCCUAGACCCAAUGAAUCCUCCAGGAUAGGAGAAAGGGGAGCAGAGAUGGAUUGGGAGGCAAAAUAGUUCUGGAAAGGGCCUUCCCCAUCCACCCACCAAUGCUGAGAAAAACCUAGGUGUGAAGGCUGCCAAUAUCAUUGUGCUUCCUAAAAUGCCCCCCGCCCCAUUCACUGAGUUCUCAAAGGUGGGGUUGCCAACUCUGGGUUAGGAAAUUCUUGAAGAUUUGUGCAGGAGAACUUGGGAAGGGAAGGGCUUUAGUGUGGUGUAAUACUACAGAUUCCACUUUCCAAAGCAGCCAUUAUCUUCAGGAGAACGGAUGUCUCUGGCCUGGAGAUCAGUUGCAAUUCUGGGAGAUCUCCAGGCCCCACCCAAAGGUAGGCAACCCUACUCAGUGGGCAUCCAUUUCUUAAAGGUACAGUUGCUGCUUCUGUUAUAUGGGGUGGGGGGUAACCCCCACAAUAUACUUUUUAAAGUAUCAGAUUUUUCUGCAGACAUGGGGCUUUUUUCAGGUUUGUAUGUCUUCAGGGUUCCAAUAUCUGAAUUCAAGUAUCCACAGAUGUUGAGAACUAGAUUUAUUUGUGUACACAGAGAACAGCCCAGCACACUCUUGAUUUUAAUAUCAUACAUCUACCUGGCUCUGGUCAGAAAUUGGUUUCCCUUUACUUUGGAACAUGCGUCCUAGAUAGGGUUGCCAACCCCCAUCCCGGGGCGGGGGAUCCCCUGUUCCCACCUCCUCCCCCGACCCCACUUACCUGGCCAGCAGGGGGCAUGGGCCCCUGGCAGUUUGGCAUACCCCCAGGCCGAAUUGGGCCCGCAGGGGGCAAUUCAGCCCUUUGGUGAGCGCAGGAGUACACGCCAGGCCGCCCUUUGACCCGUGUGAUGACAUCACUUCCCGGAAGUGGUCAUCACACAUACAGGGAGCACGCAGUGCGAGAAGACACGCUGAAGAGCACGGAGGGUGAGUGCCAGGUUCCCAGCCCCCCGCUGGGGGACUCAAGGGACCUGGCAACCCUAGUCCUAGAGCAAAUGUAGCGGAUUCCACCAGUUUCACUUUUAGGAAAGCUAGUAAAAACAUGGCUGUUCUAGAGGACUUUUUUGUGGUUGUCCAACUCAAAAUUACUGGAUUAGAAUUCAUGAACUAAUUAAAGACUAUGUACCUUCUUUGUACUCUACAGGGCCAUUGGAACUCUUGGUCAGUAUCAGUUGUUUUUUGUGCUGUGUGUUUUAAUUGACUUUUUAUACUUUUUAAAAUGUUUUAAAUUUUUAAUGUUUGCCAUCAACUUCUGCAUAAAGGUGAAAUAAUUUUUUUUUAAUAAAUGAAAUAAAUCAUACCUUGUAUAUCCCACCUCUUUCAGAUGUUCAGAGCCAGUUUGGUGUAGUGGUUAAGAGCACGGGACUCUAAUCUGGAGACCUGGGUUUGAUUCCCCACUCCUCUUGAAGCGAACUGAGUGACCUUGGGCUAGUCACAGCUCUCUGGAGCUCUCUCAGCCCCACCCACCUCACAGGGUGUUUUGUUGUGGGGAUAAUAAUAACACACUUUGUAAACUGCUCUGAGUGGGUGUUAAGUCAUCCUGAAGGGCGGUAUAUAAAAUAUUAUAAUUAUUUCAGUUGUAUCUCUGCAAAUUCCUAUUGUAUCUGUUUCUCAUUCCAUCCUGCGCUAAUUUUUAUUUUGCCUAUCUAGCAACAAUUGAACAUAUGGCAUAUAAACUUGUUUUUAGAUAUUACAGAUGCUUAUAUGUAAACCUGCUACUACUGUUGUCAUGUUUUUACUUCUAUUUUGUAUAAUGUUUAAAAUGUUUUAAAAACCAAUUAAAAACAAUUUGGAUUGUCUCACACUCGUGCGGAGUGAAUAGAUUACUCUUUAAAUUUCGUCUUAUUUUAAACUGGCCUCCCUUUGUAACAUCUGCCACCUCCAUCACUUUCUGUUGUAUAUGUCAUUGUCCUGAUAGACGUACACUCCUAUGCAUCUGAUGAAGUGCUCUGGAUCAUUGGCAUUGUUUCUGGCAUCCAAGGCAAAGGCACAUUAAGGACACGCCAAAAGACCGCUGCUGCAAUCCAAAGCUUAAUUCACAAAUGCCAAGGGUCAAAUCAAAAAGACAGGGGAGAGCCCACACUCUCCGGCUGCUCCCGGUGGGAGAUUGGCAACGGGUUUGCCUGGCCAAAUUGUCCCGUUUCGCAAGGCUCACAGCUUCAUCAAAAGCCACAAAUAAAUUCUACAAUGAAAUAUACAAUACAUAUGUUGGUUACAUCACAAACUGAAACAAAACAAUGUACAUUUUAUUUUAAACAGUGUAACAAAAUUUCAA